UUGCUAGCGAACCGUGGGUACUUUCCAAAGACGGUGGUGCAAUCCUUCCCUUUCUCAACCUUAUUCUAAGAGAUCAGCCGCUACCAUGUCUACUGCCGUCCCUUUAACAAUCAAAUGGGGCAAAGAGACUGUUGACUUUAAUUUCGUUCCCGAAACGGGAGUGAAGGGCUUGAAGACCGAGCUUGAAGAAAAGACGGGCGUGCCAGUGGAUCGCAUGAAGCUUAUGGCCAAAUCAAAGGGUCUAUGGAAGGGCGUCAUGAAGGAUGACCUGGAUCUAGCAAGUCUCGAUUGGCAAGGGGCCGUAGCCAAAGCAGGAAGCGCCGGUAUUCAACUACUACUCAUAGGCAGUGCGGCCAAGCUCACCGGACCUUCGACAACGACAGUUUUUUUGGAAGACUUGGCUCCGGAGGAAGUCGCCAAAGUCCAGGAACCUUCCGGCCUCGUCAAUCUGGGAAACACCUGCUACCUGAACUCAGUCGUACAGUGUUUGCGUGUCAUUCCGGCCCUUCGCCAGGGAUUGAGCGUCUACACUCCGGCCUCCGACUCCAACACUGGGAACCGCAAUGCUGCACACACAAUGUUCUUGUCCAGUCUCCGCAGCACUUACCAAUCUCUCGAUCGUCAAGCUAAUCCCGUGCAACCCAUGGCAUUGGUUCAAGCCACAAAAAUGGCUUUUCCGCAGUUUGCCGAACGUGGCCGGAACGGCAAUCCCAUACAGCAGGAUGCGGAAGAGUUCCUCAACGGUCUUUUCACGAUUGCCGCUUCGCUCGGCGCUUCCAACUGGAUGGAUGCUAUUUUUGGACUCAAACUCGAAGAAACUCUCACUUGCGACGAAGUCGAACUGGAACCGCCCGUUGUCACGGAAGACUUGCACCGGAAGCUUGUGUGCAACAUUCAGGGGGGAUCGGAUGUUGCUGCGACCCAGAAUGUAUCGCACGUAUACGAUGGAAUUGCAUUGAGUUUGCAAGGAUCUAUGGAAAAGCAUUCCGAUGUUCUUGGCCGUAACGCUAUCUGGACCCGUAAACAACGGAUUGCCAGGCUGCCGCCUAUACUAGUGAUGCAGUUUGGACGCUUUUUCUGGAAGGCUACACCAGACUCGCAGGAUCAUGCCGGAGUCAAAUGCAAAGUAAUGAAACCAGUGGCGUUCGGCAGUACUUUGGACGUCUACGAUUUUUGUACGGAAAGCGUCAAGGCAGUGCUCAAAAGGUCGAGGGAUAAGGCAUUGAAAGAGGAAGAGGAUCGGAUUAAUCAGAAAACCGAAGUGGAAGCGGACGAAGACCUCCAAGCUGCCUUGGCCAUGAGUUUAGAAACGACGGACGGAACAGCGAAAACGCCGAUUGGACCAGGUCUCCCGGAAAACUUCCAGGGUCAGUACGAAUUGUUUGCUGUCAUUACACAUAAAGGACGCGAUGCCGAUGGCGGACAUUACAUGGCCUGGGUGAAAGCCGACAACCCGACCAACGAGGACUGGUUUGUUUUUGACGACGACGAAGUGAGCCCGUGCAAGACGGAGGAUGUCCUCAAGCUUAAAGGUGGUGGCGAUUGGCACAUGUCCUAUCUCAACUUUUAUCGAGCGAAGAAAUAGUAGAAUGCUCAGUAAAUGCGUAUUAAAAUAGGCUGCACCACGAAAA